CUUCUACCAGGACAGUCAGAGGCAGACAUCAGGUUCUUCCCUGAAGAUUUAAGGGAUCCAAUCAGACAUCAUACAGAUUCCAGCACUCCAGCCUCUUCGUAAAUAACUGCAGAAAUGAGCCACGGGGAGGUGACUUACACAGAUGUGAGAUUUCACUCUUCUUCACAGGAGAGGAGGAGCCAAAGAUCUCAGAAGUCUGAAAAGAACCAAAGGCCUCAGAACAAUGAGAGCAAAGAAAUGAGAGAAACAGAGGUGACUUACAUGGACGUGAGAUUUCACUGUUCUUCGCAGGAGAGGAGGAGCCAAAGAUCUCAGAACUCUGAGAAAGACCAAAGGCCUCAGAACUCUGAGAGCAAAGUUUUGUCCUUAGAUUCUCCUGCUCUGCCCACUCCCCGGAGGAGACUCAUUACAGGAAUUCUGGGAAUCCUCUGCCUAAUACUACUGGUAACAGUAGUAGUCUUAGUCGCCAUACGGGAUAAAAACAGUUCAUGUCCAGAAAAAUGGAAACCACAUGGACACUUCUGUUACCUCUUCACUACUGACUGGAAAUCCUGGCAAGAGAGUAAAGGUGAUUGUACUUCUUUGGACUCCAAACUUCUUGACAUCAAAAAUAAGGAAGAACUGGAGUUUUCCAAAUCACAAUUACAUGUUCCUCACUGGAUUGGACUAUCUCAUCAGGAAAGGAGUGAGUCCUGGCUGUGGGAGGAUGGCACAGCUUUCUCCAAAGACCUGUUUGCAGUAGCCCAAGAGAAUACCUCAGGGUGCUGUGUGCUUCUCUCUAAAGUAGAAGCCAAAUGCAUUCCUUGUGAGGAACCGUACCCCUGGAUUUGCAAGAAGGAGGCUGUGCAUCCAGAACCUGCUGCUCUGGCAGAAGGAAGGAAGAAAAGCCUCUAGAAUAUAUUCCUGCUCCAUUCCAAGUCCUGGCCACAUACACAGCCCCAAGGUCCUCAUUGUCACCAAUUUAACAUUCACUGCUGCUUCCAGUGUCAAUUGCUCUAAAUGCUUAGCUGUGGCCAUGGGAAAUGCUGAUGAGAGGUGGGAAGAAGAUGGGACUUGAUUAUUGUCCUUCAUUUGAUAAACCACUUGACUCAAGGAGGGAGCAGUCAGUCUGAACAGCCAGGCCCAAGCUGCAAUCUGGUUAGCUGUAUGAAGCUGGAAGGCUUUUUUUGUUGUUGUAGUACACAUUAAUAUUUCUAGGGCCACUUGCCUUAAGACAGUGGUUUUCAACCUGUGGUCUGUGGACUCCUGGGGUCCACAAACUGUGUAACAGGUCCACAUGUGAUACCUGUGAUCAAUCAAAAGUAUGUAAAUACCCACACUUACAUUUCAAAGGGGUCCACACCUCCAUUCAAAAUUUCCAAAGAGAGGCAGCAGCAUUUUUGUUUCCAGAAAUCAUACAUACACACACACCCUCCUUCAUCACAAGAAGCAGGGGCCCAAGCAGCCCUCCACAAAGUGCAGUGGUCUCAGCACAUAUGCCCAGUCUCCAAUGCUGGCCCUUUGCUGAGACCCACUGAGACACACUAGAUUAGAGGGCUGUGGCAAACUACUGGUCUGUGUCAAUCCCCUGAUUAUCAUGGCUGAUAUGGGUGGGCCUUUUUUCUUCCCACUGCUGCUGUCAUGGGGACUGCACACUGUGCCCUCUCAGGGAGGUUUCAUCAUGCUCUUACUUGCAUAUUAUUUUUCUCAAAUAAAAGAACCCUGACAGUGAAAGCUUCUGACUGCUCUUUGUGUCAGAAAAACUGUAAAAUAAGUAACUGCCUCUCCCUUUCUUGUUUAACGAGACUGCAGACUAAUGGCAAGUUACCUCAGGAUAAUUAGUAUUUACUCAGACUUUAUGGCUUAGAUGUGAGGUCUAAGGCUCAUCCAGUCCUAUGGACCAUAUGAGUGUUUUUGGGUCAGUCUGCAGGUCAAACCAGGAUUGAUCAACUAUACAGU